GCUUUUGAGUUUUAAAUGCAUCGGACAAAUGCUUUCUCGUUUUUAUGAUUCUUGAAUUGGGAAACAAUUCUCGUAAUUUUGGAGGCAACUUCGUGUCAAUGAAAUUUAGUGACAGAACUUAUGAAUUGUGAAUGUAUAGCUUCAGCAGUGGCACAAUGGUGUGCGCCUUCGUGAUGUUCGUUUUAAUAUCGUUGAGCGGAAUGAGAUUCCAAGAAAUGCUCCUCGUCAGAUUUCGAUGACCAUAACAAUAACUUACGGGAACGAUGAUCGCUAAUCUGCCGCUGUUGUUCGCCAAUGGCAAUCCGAUACCGCUUUCGAAGAUCAGAGCCGGCGAGCUCGAGAGGUUUAUAACAUUUAUGGUGACAUGUUCCUGGGGUCACGAUACAGCUAAGGAUAUUCGACAGCCUCCAUGGUGGCCCAGCAACGUCGAGUUCACGCAUCCCUUCGUGAGGCCUGCAGCUGUGCCCAACGAUUGGGAGCUCAGGUUGAAAAAUGUUGUCAAAAAAUGCUACGAAUACCACAAGAGUGCAUUUCUGCUGGUCUUUUCAGCGCAACUGUCGCGAUACCCCCGUAACCGUCUUUUGUACGUUGACAACAAGGAUCACACAACAUCCCUUUAUUAUAUACCUAGUAACCGUCUAUUGGUUACAUUCAGAAAUGAGAAUAUAAACUAUGAUAAGGAUGUACAAAUUGAAGACGAAGAGCCUGUGGUGAGAGCUGCAGACAUUUAUUUGUGUGACAAUUGUGAUAGUCAUUUUGAUAAUUUAAACAAUUUACAAGUCCACGAGAGACUGUGUCAUGGUGACAACUCUCCUGCUGGCACGAGUGGUGGUUUACCAGAGUUCUUAGCUGCAUUGAAGUUAAAACAGGCUACAGAUGUUCAAUGCUCAGGGUCUGAACAUAUAGAAUAUGAAGCAAGACCUAAGAACGCUAGGAAUGCUGCAAAUAUUGACCGUGGGCCACCUUAUCCCUUUUCAUCAUUAGCUUACAUUAAAAAUGCUAAAACAUUAGUACAGAGAGAUACAAGUUAUUCAAGGGAGAGAAUUGAACGCUACUGUUGUACUUCCACUCCCCUUAGUAAAAAUGUAGUUAGUAAAAAUAAACAUCAACAAUUCCCUGUAAGAUAUAAGAGGCCUAUAGAUUAUUGGCACAGAAAGCAUGUGUUCCCUGACCAGAGAAAUAAAGAUAUAUUAGAUCUUAAAGCUCAAUUGUGUUUAUUGAAAUGCAGAGUCCUCACUGUUAAUGUUGAAAGAAUGUCUGAAGAAAAAAUAGAAGACUAUAUUCAACAGUGCAAAAAUAAAUUGGAAAGUGAACUACAACAGAAACAAGAAAAAGAUGUUAUAUUUGUGGACAAUAUAGACACUGAUCAAGGAGAAGAUGAAGAAACAAAGAUUGCAGACCCGUUGAGAAGAUCUGAAGUAGAAUGUGAAGUGAUUGACCUUUGUUCUGAUGAUGAGAGCAGUAGUAGUAAUGAGAAUUGUGACCCACGUGCAGGUGUGGCUUGUGUGAUGAGAGGUGGAGCAAUUUUGAGACGAGCAGCUGCAUCGACACCACAAGCACUCCCCGCUGAUCCAUGUGGCGCCAGGCAUCUCCCAGCAGUACUGCAACCUCACCCCAAUCCUCAACCUAUCAUACUCAUAGCCCAUACAUUUAAUAAUCUACAGACUAUAUCUUUAGAGUAAUUUUUAUUGAGUUAUUGUAGUAAGAAAAUGGUGGAACAUCUUAACACAAGAUGGCGUUUUGAAGCAUGAAUAUAAAAUGGCGGAAAACAAGAUGGCGGCGUUUUGGUAUGAAGCUUUGUAUUUAAGUUAUUGUCAUACCUGUUUGAAUUGAUACUCAAAAAUUGAUACAUAGCAGUUAACGUAUUUUAUGUAUUUAAUUUGUUUAUUGUAUAGCUCUAAGGACUAAAAUAAUGCUGAAAAAUAUUUUUCAACCAGUAAAAUGUAAUGAUUUUGUAUUUGUUCUUUAUUUGUUUGAAAUGAAGAUGUACAAAAAGAACUAAUAGUAUAAUAUAACCUCAGGAAUAUCAGAAGCACUAAUUAUAUGGGAUAUAAAUUAUAUGCAUGAACAUUAUGAAAGCAAUAUUGGGUUGCCAAUUCUUAUUUUAAAAAACCUGAUAAUAAUAAUUUAAAAAAAAAACUGUCACUCAUAUGAUGAUGAUCUAUGAAGUUCAAUGUGAGCUACUAGUCCAAAAGUGGGCUUAGUUAAAAAACGAUAUUACGUUCCCUUUUGUCAUACUAGUAUCAAAAUCACUUAGGAACAUCCAUAAACUCAGCAACUGGUAUGUUAUGAUGUCAAUUAUAAGUAUGAAAUCUAUGUUUCACACAUAAAAUCUAUUUUUCUAGUUAAAAACUAGCGCACACAGUUUUUUAUUAUGCCGUAUCAUAGGCCAUAGGGUUGACUCUAUCACAUUAAAAUCGUAUUAAUAUGAAUUUAAAAAACAAAAAGAAUGAUAUUAAAUCAUUUCAUAAAUUCAUAAGUUUAAGAACAUGAAGUCUAGUUGUGGGGUUAUCUGUCGAAUCACAAAAAAGGAAUGCAUGUAAUGUUUCAUGACGACACCGCCAUCAACCGUAUCGCUUCGCUCAAAAAUAAUUAUUGAUGCUGACUUGGACAUUGUUUCUAAGGAUUUUAAAAAAUAUAUAUUUAUUCUUUAUUAGAGCCAUACACCUAUUAGGUUAAGUCUGCUUAAGGAAAUUUUAAAGAAAAAAAUCCAAGUCGUUCUGCCUGGGGUAAUAGUUACUGUAGUAGAAUUAUUUUGUUCCUGCAGUUUGGGUUAUAAAUUAUCGGAGCGGUGAAGCGAAUGUUUCGCUCUCUCUUCCAUUCACGAGCCUUAUGGACGAGCAUAGUGAUGCGCAUUAUUGUUUUUGAUAAGCGAUAUCGAUAGUGUAUUUAGUUUUGUCAUUUUGUGGGUUAGUGAUAAAAAUGAAAGUAAAAAUUUACACUUUGUAACUUUUCGGGAUCUAUUUUCAUUUCAGUGAAAAUUUUUAACACAUUGUUGAUAACAACACGUGGAAAUAUUAUUUUGAAUAAAUUUACCGUUUUGGUACAAAACAAAGGAGUAGCCAUGGUGUCAUUAAAGAAAUUCAGAGAGCGAAUGCAUAAAAACACAUUUCUCUUCGACAACAAAUGACUCAUAUCAUAACAUGUCUCACCACCCUUCGUAUACCGCCCCGCCGCCGUGUACCUGCCUUCGAUGACUCAUUUGUUUUUAUCGAUAAUGGCGUUGCGCCCGCGCAACAUGCUCACCGCCCUAGCCGGGCUAUGUUUUAUGACCCAAACUGCACUGAUAAAAUAAUUCUACUAUAGGGUAAAAAAACACCACACUGAAUACCGCCGACCUUGAAAGGUGAUGUUGAAGUUUCGGUUGCAUUGUUUUUAACUCUGGAUAUUCAUUGUCUGCCACUAUUAUUUUUAUCUGCUACGCAACAUUAUAGUGCUGCCAAAUUCAUAAAAAUGAUGCCAUCUUGUUGAAGGAAACUAACGUGACUGAUUAAUAUUUAUAUCUUGUAGAAAGUGUUUAAAAAUUCCCUAUUUAUUUCUCACGUACAUAGGUUAUUUAUUAGGGGAUUUUGAAACAACUGAAUUGGUGUUAGUAUUAAAAACACGUUUAAGUUUCUCGUAAUGUGGGGUUAUUUAAAUUUUUUAUUAACUUGCAACAUUAUUCAUGUUUUGUGUUCCAAAUACUAUUUAGUGUGCUUAGUAUGAGUUAACUUUCUCGAUAGCGUAAAAGUUAACUCAAUUUUGUAUGGAGUUGGGACGUUUGCCUACGUUUGCCGCUAGGGGCGCUUUUACAACUGCAUACAAAUUUGAGUUAACUUUAACGCGAUCGAGAAGUUGAAAAACUCGCGCUAAGCACACUGAAUAUUGAAAUUCCAAAAUUGAAACACUGUUAUUGCAUAAUUAAACAGCUAUGAUUUUGAAAACGCUUCGCAAUAGAAGACAAUCUUUCUAAAAUAAAUUAAUCUUGAGUAAUAACGUAAGACACUCAUGAGUUCCUAUACGAAUGAUAGGACGGACGUUUCAAUAUUCGGCUUUCGGUCUCAUACCUGAAGGUCGAAAACGUCUUGUCGUUGUGAUAUCCACCGCUUGUCUAUGUGCUCACUUAAAUUCAAAAUGUUUGCGUUAAAGAUAGAUUUAUGUGUUAAAAUUCGCCCAUUUUUAUUUAUUUGGUAAUUAAUACUUUUUGGGUCUUUUUUUUUAUGAAAAACUUCCGUAUUUUUGUUACCGUUAUGAAAACGAAUCACUUGAUUACUGAAAAAUUUAGACUAUAAUAAUAUGUAUACAGUGCAAGCUAUACAGAAGGUUUACUGAUAACCAGAGAACAUGACACAUCUAUAGAUAAAUGACCAGCUUCGGAGAUAUCUAUGCUAUGUAAAAAAAUAGGGGUUCCUAAAUUGUUUAUUUAAAUUGAGAAAUUAAUUAAUUGUUUUUAACAAAUUUAAUUUUAAUUUGAGACUAUAGCUGUACUCAUUAAACCUUCUUUGUGCUGUUGAAUACAAAAAAUCGGUACCUUUUGCUGCCUUUUUUAGUAUUAGUUUUUAAUUUACAAAAAACAAACAUGUUUUGUAUAUAAACAUAUAUACGACAUAUGACUUAGUAAAAUUUGUAAAUAUAAUAUGAUAGUAAAGUUUCAAUCCUCGUUGGAUUAAUGAAUAUUGUUUAAUUUCUUCCAUACGUGCGUAAUGACAUAGUAAAGGUUAACAUGAUUGUAAUUGAUUGGAGUUGAGUCUUGUCCACUGACCUCUUAGCCAGCCAACGGAUGAGAGAGCAUUAGACCCAAAGAAAAUAAUUCAGUAUUUUUACCCAAUAAUAUCUCACCUGAUAAUAUUGAAACUUGACAAAUGUAUUAUUCGAUUUUGUCUGACAGACUUGACAACUGUCAAAUCUAUAAAUCGAGUAUUAUUUUGUCUGAUAAUAAUUAUCAAGUUGUUAAUAGUACUUUGGAAAACGUUAAAUUUGAAGCAUGUAAACAGAAGCAGAACUAAUAUUAGAACAAAAUGCGUACCUAUCAACUGAUUAGGACGAAUGAAGUACCGAACGCCUGUGAAGAUAAUCUAGUUUAUUUUGGUUUUUAAUGGAAAUAUUUUCAGCAGAAUUGAGGAGUGCUCAGUCCCCAUAUGAGAUAACCGUGGUGCCACGGGAACAAGGUUUUUCAAUCGAGAUUAAUCGAUCGAUUAAUCGAUUAAUUUUCAAUCGAAUAAAACUGGCUUAAAAAUCACUAUUAAUUAAUAUGAUUAUUAUAUUACAGAAAAUUUAAUUUGUGAAAAUGCAGAAAUGAAAUAAAUCUGAAAUGUUUAUAUAAAAAAUAUUUUUUUGGUGAUGAAUUCAGCGCUAAUCUAAUUAUAGACUAUAUAUUUCACUUCGAUUCACGAAACUAACUUGUAUAAUAAUCAGAAAAAAAAUCGGUAUGAUUUUGGUUCAAGUAAUUUCAAGUUCAUUAAUUGGAAAACUACCAUUAAGUAAUGGUUAAUUACAGAGCAUAAUGCGACUCAGUGGCGCACAAUGCCGAAUUAUGCUGAAGCUUAGUUGAGCAUUAUGCCGCAUAAUGCGCUCUUGUGCUGUAAUUGGAUAACGGCUGAAGUGAGCGAGAUAGCGGGCGAAAUUAAGUGUAUUUAUUAUCUAUGGCGAAAUGUCUGCUUCUGUUAACACGCUUGCGAUUAUGAAGUAUAUUUUUGAAAAGGUCUUAAGAAGAACUGAUUUAGACAUAAAUGUAUAUUUAAGUUCGUAAAUAAUUUAUCCGUAUUUUUACUAAAAUAAAACGGCGUCACUAAAA